AUGGCCAGCGCCAGCGGCAGCGCUCUCGCCGCGCCCACCACCGUCCGCACCAGCGUGCACUUCACCCCGCUCCGCGGCUCGUCGGGCGGCGCAGCGCCCUCCGGGCUCCUCGAGGUGGACGGCCUCACACUCCUGCUCGACUGCGGCUGGGAGCCGCCGUUCGACGUGUCCGUGCUGGAGCCGCUGCGCGGGGUGGCCGCGCGGGUGGACGCGGUCCUCCUCUCGCACGGCGACCUCGCGCACGCUGGAGGGCUCGCGUACGCCUUUGCGCGGCUCGGCCUCUCCUGCCCCGUGUAUGCGACGCUGCCCGUCUCGCGGCUCAGCAAGCUGGCGCUCUACGACGCGCACGAGGGCGUCGCCGAGCAGUCGGCGGCGGGCGCGCCCUUCACGCUCGACGAGAUCGACGCCGCGCUCAGCCGCGUGUCCGAGCUCAAGUACUCGCAGACCGUCCUCUUGUCGGGCCGCGCCGCCGGGCUGAGCCUCACUCCCCUCCCGGCGGGCGGGUCGCUGGGCGGCGCGAUGUGGCGCGUGAGCAAGGCGCUCGAGGAGGUCCUCUUCCUCCCCCGCUUCUCGCACCAGAAAGCGCUCCUCGCCGCCGCCGCUGCCGCAAGGCCCGCACCCUUCCCGCACCCUUCGCGCACCCCUCGGUAG